AUGACACACAAUCUGGGCAUGGCGUCGUAUCGGCUACCAGGACCCGGACUAUGUCCACCAGAUUUCAAAUCACCCUCGGAAUCGCCCCAGCUGCCAAUAUCCGCACCGAGCAAUCCGAAGAAGCGAAGGAAAACGUCCAACGUGGUGAACUCGAACGCGGUCACGUCACAACCAACGCCGACACCAUCGCCUCAGGACCUGCUACCACCGCCACCGACCGGUUACGGCGACACGAUAGUGGCCUCGAAUCCGUUCGAUGAUACGCCCCCGCCAACACCUGCCUCGCACAUGGGCCAUAUGGGUCAUCCGCAUGGCAGUGGCCAUGGGCCGGGACCGGGCAUGAUGAGUCACCUGGGUGGCGGAGCGAUGGGACACGGUGGCCCAAUGGGUCCGAUGAAUCAUAUGGGACCGAUGCAUGGAGGGGCACACCAUAUGGGACCAGGACCGAUGGGAGGUCAUCCGCAUGGGCCUCCGCACGGUGGACCGAUGGGUGGCCCGGGUGGACCGCACGGUGGUGGUAUGGGUCCGCACGGUAUGGGACCACAUGGUAUGGGACCACACGGACCGGGUCAUGGUUCGCCACAUCCGGGCAUGGGUCCGGGAGGACCUCCGCACGGACCGCCCGGUAUGGGUGGACCCGGACAGGGUGGCCCACAGGGACCACCGAUGAGGGGCAUGAGCCCGAUGGGUAUGGGUAGCCCGAUGGGUCACCAUCAUCCCGGCAUGCACAUGAACUCCGGCAUGGGGCAGAUGGGCGGAAUGCCGCACGGGAUGCAGCGCGGUGGUAUGAGCCCCAUGGGGCCAAACAUGGGUCCAGGAGCGCAGAUGGGUGGCCUUAGUCCGAUGGGUGGUGCCAUGAACCAGAGCAUGUCGCCGAUGGGUCCGAUGGGAGGUAUGUCGCCGAUGAGCCAGCAGCAGCAACAGCAACAACAGCAGCAGAUGAACAGCAAAUCCGUAGGAAGUCCACUGAGUGCCGGUAACAUUGGGAGUCCAAUGAACUCCGUGCCCGGUAUGGGGUCACCGCACGCGGCCGGUGGUGGCAGCGGGGGUGGUAUGUUGGGCAGUCCGAUGAACACGAGCGGUGGCCACAUGAACAAUGGUCCAAUGGGUCCACCAAUGAACAGCCCGCUCGGAAACGGCCCACCGAAUCAUGUGCCACUCGGACCAAACUCGGCCGGUCACAGUCAAACGCCACAACCGGUGUCCGCUGCGAACGUAACGGUCGGUGGUCAGACAUCGCCGAACGUGGUGAUGAGUGGUGGACCGGGUGGUGGCAAUGCGGUCGGCAUGAACAGUAGUAAUAGUAGGAUGAACUUACCGAAUGGUGCAAUGACAAAUCAGCAAUCAGGGAACUUAAAUCAAUUACCUCAUCAACUCGGACCCAUGGGUGCGAAUCAGCAGCAGCAGCAGCAGGGCGUAGGUCCACAGGGCGGUGGUCCGCAGCAGAACAGUAGUCAAGGCCCUAGCAAUCAACCCGGUGGCAACCAGGGACCCUCGUCUCAGGGCGGCCCACCGGGCAGUCAGUCAUCACAACAGUCACAACCACUACAGCCUCAUCCGCCGCCACACGGCCAGCACCAGCAACUGCCACUACCCCAACAGUCACCUCAUGCUCAACAUAAUCCGGGCGGACCGGGCAGUGGAGGCCCCGGUCCUGGUCCUGGACAGCAGCAGAUGAACCAAAUGGUUGGCCCGGGUGGUGUGCCACCGAUGGGUAACAGUAUGGGUGGACCAAUGGGUGGUGGUGGCGGAGGAAUGAUGGGUCCCGGCGGUCCCGGUGGUCCGGCGAACUCGAUGGGUGGCAUGAAUCAUCACCCGCACCACCAUCAUCAUCACGCGGGCAAUCAUCAACAGGCGGGCGGCAAUCCCCAUAUGGGCUCGGGCAUGGGUGCGAACAACAUGCACCAUCAUAUGGGCGGAGCGGGUGGAGGUGGAGGAGGAGGAGGUGGUGGAGGCGGUAUAAUGCCACCACACGCAAAUAUGCAACCAGGUGGCGGACACAGGCCACCAAUGCACGGCGGUGGAAUGGGUGGUGGCAGUGGACCGGGCGGUAUGGGCCCGGGUAGCAUGAUGAUUGGACCGCCAAUGGCAGGACCGAUGGCUGCCCAUAUGGGUGGAGGAGGAGGAAUGGGCGGUGGUGGAAUGGUUGGUGGCAGUCCGAUGCAAUCCCCGCACAUGAUGGGUGCCGGUGGACCGGGUGGUCCGAUGGGCGGUGGACCCAUGGGUGGUGGACCGAUGGGCGGGCCGAUGGGUGGGCUAGGGCCUCCGGGAAACGGUCCUAACGGGCCGAACCAUCACCACCACAUGGGUAUGUUCGGACCGAAGCCCAUGCCAGUGACGUCCGGGAAGCUGUACCCGCCCGACCAGUCGAAGGUAUUCAACCCUCAGAAUCCGAACGCCCCGCCAAUCUAUCCCUGUGGAGGAUGCCAUAAAGAAGUGCACGACAAUGACCAGGGUAUCCUUUGUGAAUCGGGAUGUAAUUUUUGGUUUCAUCGGACGUGCAGCGGACUGACGGAGGCGGCCUUCAACCUAAUACACGCGGAAGUGUACGCCGAAUGGUGCUGCGACAAGUGUCUCAACUCCAAAAACAUACCGCUGGUUAAGUUCAAACCGUAGUAGAAGCGAGCCCGUAGCUCGACCGGACGCUGCACCAGUCAGCAGAGGGCCUGAGCCACG